AUGAGUGGAGAGUUUAAUGGUUUGAAAAGUAUUAUCAUGAAGGAGAAUGAAUCUGCUUUUUUUGUCCAUUGUUUUGCUCAUCAACUACAAUUAGCACUCCUGGGCAUGGCAAAGAAACAUGAUUUAAUAGGUACUUUUCUCACCGUAGUGUCUAAUGUGGUGAAUGUUGUUGGAGCCUCAUCUAAGUGUCGUGACAUUCUCCGGGAAAAACAAGCUCUCAAAGUCAUCGAAGCCUUAAAAGGUGGAGAACUUUUGAGUGGAAGAGGCCAAAAUCAAGAAAGUGGAAUUAAGCGUCCAUAUGAUACACAUUGGGGAUCACACUUUGGUACUUUGGUAAGCUUUACUAUCAUGUUUUCAUAUAUUAUUGAUGUGCUUGAGGAAAUUACAAAUGAUAGAUUGAAUAGCGAGCAAAAAUAUGAAGCAUCUAUUAUGUUACAAAUGGUGCAAACAUAUGAUUUUGUCUUUAGCUUGCAUUUGGUGAAGAAUAUUCUUGGGAUCACAAAUGAGUUGUCACAAGACUUACAAAAACAUGAUCAAGAUAUUGUGAAUGCAAUGGAUUUAGUCAAAAUAUGCAAGAAACAGUUACAAAUGAUGAGAGACAAUGGAUGUGAUUCUUUAGUAGAACAAGUUUCUAAUUUUUGUAUGAAGUUCAAUAUUGAUGUUCUUGAUAUGAAUCAUAUGUAUUGUCCUCAAGGGAAAUCACAGCGCAAGGCUCCAAAGCUUACAAAUUUUCACUAUUUUCAUGUUGAUUUUUUCAAUACAGGAAAGUUAAUCCGUCUUGCUCAACUUUAUCCAUGUGAUUUUUCUACAAUGGAUAUAAAGGUACUAGAAUAUCAACUUCAAACAUAUGUUGAUGAUAUGUGUUUUCAUGUCAAGUUUUCAGCUUUGAAAGGGAUGGUUGAUCUUUCUAAGAAACUAGUUGAGACACAAAAGGAUAAGGUAUAUCCAUUGGUUUAUUUGCUUAUUAAAUUGGCAUUAACGCUUCCAGUUGCAACAGCUUCGGUAGAAAGAUCAUUCUCUGCAAUGAACAUUGUAAAGAAUCAAAUGCUCAACAAAAUGGGAGAUCAAUGGUUGAAUGAUAGCCUCACUGUGUAUCUUGAGAAGGAUGUAUUCAAUGCUAUUGAUAAUGAGCCUAUUAUUCAUCGUUUUCAAAACAUGAAAUCCCGUCGAGGACAACUUUAA